CUGUCAGCGCACACACACACACACACACACACGCACAAACACACACACAGACGCGCGCGCACGCACACAAAGUUGAGCAAAGUGUGAAUCAGCUCCAAUAGCUGCCAGCCUCCGAGUCCUCCGCCUCGUUCCAGCGCUCUCACUGGGUUACUCUCUAUCUCUUCCUCUAUCUCUCCCCCCCUCUAUCUCUCUCUGUCUGCUCCACAUUCACACAGACAACACACACAGACAGACGGACACACACACACACGGCAACACAUCACCACUUAGAUACACCACGCUCACACAAUCACACCGGCAUCACUCCAGUCAGGAAGAGGAAGGCACCACCGGCACAGAGAGAGAGCGAGAGAGCGAAGGGGAACGAGACAAAAAGGGACAGAGGAAAAAAAGGGAGAGAGAGAGAAAGAGAGAAAAGAAAGAAAGUCACUCGUCCCUCUUUUGCCAGCCACACUCACCCAGCCGUCGCCAGACACUGUGCCCAGGAUGUGGCUCCUACUCUUGGGGAUGACCUCUGGACUAUUGGCCCCUACCAGGUCGGAUUUCCUUCAAGUCAAGUACCGGAGCUGUAGCUAUGCGGGCGUGUUCCAGGUGGAGGGCGCCAAGCGAUACGCGCUCACCUUCGCCAUGGCAACCCAGGUGUGCGAGCAGCUCGGGAGCACCUUGGCCAAUCGGGAGCAGCUGCAGGGAGCCUACAACAUCUCUAUGGAAACAUGCAGGAAUGGGUGGAUCAGCGACGAGUCCAUCGUCAUCCUCAGACACCACCAACAUGAGAACUGUGCCAAGAACACCACAGGGUUCAUCGUCCGUGCUGUGGAAAGUCCCUUGGAUAAAUCUGAUGCCUAUUGCUACGAUAAGAAUGCUGAUAAGGGCAUGAACUGUUCAAAGAAAAUCGACAGCGGCGAGCCUGCGGAGGAAUCAGACUCAGACGACCUCUCGGACGGAACCAAAGCCCACAACCAGACGAUCGCCUGGGCCUCCACGGACGUCCCGGUGGAUCUCGAGUUCCCGGUCAACGCCACUUCCCAGCCCACCCCGUCCGAGGCGGCGGGUGAGGACACCACCCUCACCCCGAGGGCGAUGGUGACGGGGGGGGAAACGCAGGCCGGGUCUGGCAUGAUGUCCACAACCUCGGAGGAGGAGACGCCCCCCACCACCACCAACUACCCGGAGGAGAUGGAGACCUAUAAGCCCGAGGAGGUUGAAACCACCCCCUCUCACCCCCAGGGGUACACUGAGCCCGAGCCUGAGCCUGAGAGGAAAACGGUGAAGGAUGGGGAGGAAGUUACACUGCCGACUGAGUCCAGGAACAGGAUGAACGCCAUGGCAACGAAAUCUCCAGCUUCAGCCGAGGAAGCCUCGUCAAGCAAGUGGGUGAUCAUUUGUGUGAUUGUUGCCGUGGCCGCAGUCCUUCUCAUCUGUGCAGUCGUCGCUAAGCGAAACAGCUGGUGUGGGAAGCACCAGACCCUGAUGAUCUCCUCCAAGGACAACGGCGGGGAGGGCAACGGGGCCCCGGCGGUGGUGGCCAGCUCCCGCGCCCAGGAGAGGGAGCAGGAGAUGGUCACCCUCAUGACCAAGGAGAAGAUCCAGGAGAACGGCAAGGGGGACGAGGAGUUCACCGUCAUCACCCUGGAGGAGUCCUCCGACAAGGAGCGGCAGGGCGCCUGAGGGGGGCCAGCCGGGGGGGGGGGGUCCCAUGGAGCACCUAGGGGUAGAGGGUAAUAUGGGGAGGGGUGGGGAGGUGAUGGGUUAUGGGAGUAAAAUCCAAGAUGUGAUUACCAAUCUUAUGGUAUCGGGAAGGGUUAUAGGUUGGUGGUUACAAUGGGUGGGGGGGGUGGGAGGUUGGAUAUACUGGUAGUUAAACUGGGUGGGGUUGGGGACGGGACGGGGGGACAGGGGGGGGUUGAUGGCACAGGGUCUGUAAGAAGCAGCCUGAGCGAGAUUUUGCUGAGUUCCUAUCUUCUCCGGUCGGCGCUGUCGGCUCAACACGUGAAACAUAGCGGAGACGGCAUGCGUGCGUGGGUGGGCGUGUGAAUGUAUUAUUAUGGUUCAUGUUUCCUGUUCCCGUGGUGUUCUCAUGGUAUUUAUAUAGGGAACACCGUGUCUACAUGGCCUGAGAGUGGGCUUUUAGAGCUGAGGGUAUGGCUCGGUGUGUUGCUGUGUGUGUGUGUGUGUGUGUAUGCGUGUGUGUGUGUGUGUUUGACGAGGGUCUUCAAAUACUGAAGAAAAGUAGUUCUGUUCUUUGAUCUGGUCUCAUUUCAAUUUGCUGCAGAUUGAAUUAGUCUGAACUCGCAACGUGUCGCUUUAAACCUUUUAAACGUUUCUUAAAAUAUUUUGCAAUCUUUUUUAUAUUUUAGACAUUGCCUGUGGACUAAAGUUGAUCUCUCUUGUUUUUUCAAGAGAACACCAUGAUGUCACUAACUUAAUUUAUACUGCUUCUUGUUCGGUUGUCUCUGUAUAUAAGCUCUAUGUUUUGAAGAUGCCUUGGCAAUGGCUGCCACACUGUUACACGUCGUCACACAACAUUGACUGUGUGUGUGUCCGCUCGGGCGUGUGUGCACGCCUGCGAGUGCGUGUGUUUGUGUGUAUGAGUGUGAGCUACCUGAUAUGUAUGUAUAUGGGUGAGUUUUUCGAGGAAAUAUUGUGGGAUACACUUGUAUCUCGUUUGUAUAACAAAGUGUUGCAUUUGAGUAAUUAAAGGAGUAAUGAAAUUACCAGUUUUAGACAAGUCCAGAUGCGUACUGCAUGAAUCUACAUGUAUCGGAUCCAUAAUUUUGCAGUUGAAGUAGCAUUAUAUGAUGUUGAUUAGCAUUGUAUGUGAGAUGACAGUGGUAUCGAGUAGGCAAUAUGACGGUAUGGUUUGUCCAAAAAAAAAGAUCUAUAUUUAUAUUUGAACCCGUUUUGGGAUGAGAUGUAGCUCCAACAAUCCUGCAGAUGAACUGAUUAACGUCAACAGGGUAAAGGUGUUAUUACUUUCAGGGUGAAAACUGAUUGAAGGGGUGAAUGGGUGGGGGGGGAGUACUUAAUAAUAUCAUGGGCAUAAUUAACAAUCAGGCCACUUUCAUCGACAAGAGAGAAAAAGAUCCUGAGGGAAAAAAGAUGGCACAACUCCACUUUCUGAACAGACACAAGUGAAGAGUACGUAUUUAUGUCUCGUCGUCUGCUGAAAACGACAGUUCGGAUGAGUUUCAAAGAAAAAAAGCCAAACCAUUUCACGUCAUUGAUAUGCAGUUUUAUCCUUCCUCAAUUUCAGAGAUGACACCUUUUGCUAUGUGCCGCAAAUAGAAUUGCACGCUGGGCAGCGGAUAAUUCUCCUGGUUUCCAUAAUGAAACAAAGACAUCAACAAUCACUGCUAAUUAAUUCAUUGAUUUCUUCCUUUCUGUUGCGUAGGCCUAUUGUGAUUUUUCUGCUUUCUCUCUCACAUUGAUUAUUUUGAAGAAACAGCAGUUGUAUUAGCGUAGGAGGCUGUAAUGAAUUCAAAAAAAAGUUGCUGAAAUGAUAUGUAAAGUGAACCGAUGAAUUAAAUGUGUAUAUUAGA